AUACAACUCCACUCUCUAAUAUGAUCAGCAUGUAUAGCGAACACGCAGAAAACACAGCCACCGCAACCACAUGCUUACCCCAAUUGCUCCAACAAGAAGACUUUUCAUUCCAAGAACCGUCACUGUCCGACUCUGACUUGCCCUAUAUCGACCCGAGCAUAGUGUCCCUUGUGUACCAGCAGUGGCGCUCAAGCUCGGACGCUACCGGAAAACAUCUCCAAGUCUGGAUUGUUAUUGAUAAUGUGGUGUAUGAUUGCACCCAGUUCCAGCGAGAACAUCCGGGUGGUAUCGAUGUCAUUCAAAGCUUCGUCGGCCAAGACUGUUCCUGGCAAUUUUGGCGAUUCCAUGGUCAAGAGCAUAUGCGAGAUUAUGGAAGACCUCUCCGGAUUGGACGCACGAGUGGGAUUCAGAAUCGCUUCCAAGAACGCCCACGAUAUGUAGGAUUGAGUACUCUAGGAGAGGAUUGGUAGUAAAUACCGCUCUUUAUUAUCCUCUUCUGCGCUCUUUCCUAUCUCUCAGAAGCUAUCACACGUUCACAUACUUGCAAUCACACAUGAUUCAUGGAUAUACGCAUAUACUGCUACUACUACUACUACUGCUACUACUAAGGUUUUGUACACUCAGUCAAUAGAGGACAAUUUUACUGGGCGAUAUCUUAUGAGGUUAGAG